AUGGAGCAAGAAAUAAGUUGGAACAUCAAAGCUAUUAUGGACACAGCUUUCCCAUUUCGGAAAACGGAUAUCCACUGGAAUCAACUAUGUCAAGUGGUUGAAAACUUGAGACCAAGGAUUAAUCGUAAGAUUGUGGUGUGGAACAGACCACAACAAGGGAUGAUUAAACUUAACAUGGAUGGAAGUUUUCUGGAGCAUUAUGUAAAGGCUCGAAUACGAGGCAUGAGUAGGGAUAUCACUGGAAAGUUCAUCUUUGUGUUUGCUAUUCCCAUUUGGUGUAAAGAUCAUAAUGUUGCUGAGGCAACAACUGCUAAAUAUGUUUUCCAAUGGUUGAAGAAUAAUGCGCCUCAACAAGGCAUUAUAGAAAUGGAUUCCUUGCUUGUGGUCGAUAUUAUAGAAAAGAACUUCUCAAAAUCGCAACUUGAAGUUUAUCGUGGAUGA